GCAGAGCACACUGCUUGUGACAUCAAACGCAUCGACCAUCUGGAGAUCGGCACAUUCACCCCGUUACCAAUCUCUCACUUCUUCACGACUGUUGCGACAAGCAAUUCCGCAUUUCGAACAUUGCGACGACAGCGACCGAGUCCAGCCGCGUGUUCCUGCUGACGGCGCGCGAUCCCCUCUUCGACCUUCACAAAAAUCCACACCACCGAUCGCAUUGACGACGCGCGCACUGUCGCCUUACUCCGCCGACGUGGAGGCGGCCCACCGCGCCAUGGCGACCGACGACACCAUGGAUUUCGAGAUGGAUGUUGACAUGGACGCCGAGGUCGAUCCGGAAUUGGCAGCAAUGCAGAGGGCGGCCGCAGAACUGGAUGCGCGCCCAUCAAUGGCCUUAGAAGGCGAGAACGAGCAGAUGAAUGGUAUCGACAGCAUAGAGGACGGCGAAUUCUCCCAGACAGAGAUCGCCGCGACCAAGGUUCACAUUGAGGGCUUGUCGAACAUGAAUACACAGGACGUCGAAAAUUUUGCACGCGAUCACUUCAAAAGCGAAGCAUUCCGGAGAGUGGAGUGGGUAAAUGACAAUAGCGCGAACCUCAUUUACAGCACAGCAGAAGCUGCCCAAGAAGCGCUUCGCACACUCGCUGCUUCAGAAUCGAUCGUGGAGGACCCACUCGAGCUGCGGCCAGCCAAAGCCCCAAUCACACAUCCUGAGGUGGAAUUGAGCAUACGCCAAGCCCUUGUCUCGGAUCAGAAAGUGAAGAAUGCCGCGGCUCAGAGCGCAUACUAUCUCCACCAUCCUGAACAUGAUCCAGAAACCAGGUUCAGCAGAGGUCGUGGCAGAGGUCGAGGUCGUGGACGUGGUAGAGGUGGGUAUGGGAGACGUGAGCGAUCGCGAAGCACACGUAGCCCGACUGCGGAGAAGCCGUUCGACGUGAAUCUCUACGAUGACGAUCCAGCAUCGCUGGCUGCAAGGAGACCUUCGGAUGGGCCAGCACGACGACCAAGCAUUCGUUCUGAAGAAGACCUUUUCGCGAACCGAGAGUCCGGCAGACGCCCACGAAAGGAAGCGGACCUAUUUGCCAAUAGAUCGAGCGGCAGACUGAAAGAUCGAUCAAGAAGCAGAUCACCGACGCGCGACGGAGAUGGUAGGUUCGGGUUCAGCGAAGAUCAGCCGUAUCGUCAGACUGCACGUAGGCGGUCGCCGCUUGCACCGCGCCGACGCUCAGAAGACGAGAAUCGCCUUGCAAAGCAGAAUAUGAAGGCAGAGCUUUUUCCUGGCAAGAAAGCCUCGGCGCUCAAUGGCAACAACAGGAGCAAGUCUCCAGUCGACCUCUUCCCAAAGAAAGCAGCAUCAGGUCGAUCAGAUCGCGAAGACAAGCCACGAGACCUGUUCGCACGAAUCGGAAGUUCUCAAGCAGGAAGACUCAAUGCAGAGCCAACCACGGGGUUCAGCAUCAAGGGCGCAGGGGCGAAGAAUGAAGUGUCAUUCCUAGGCGCGAGCAAAGAGCGCCAGGAUCUCUUCGCCAACAAGCUUACAACGGCCGCAGGCGGAGGCGAUCUGUUCCCAGAAAAGGUCCGCCGCCGGAGGGGAGCUUCUGAUUUCAUCUAGGAGGCGCAGUCGCAAGAACCUCGACGACAACCGGCAGCUGACCAUUGUCGUGGUCAACAGAAAGGAGGUCGUACAGCGGCACUGCCAGAGCAGCUGAGACAUGACCGCGAGAUACCUUCUGACUCAUCUGACCACGACAAUCAUUCUUACACCGCAAUGCCAUCAACACGACACGAAAACUAUGACUAUUCCAAGCCCCGCCACUCACAACCGGAGUGGUUCACGAUGCCAAUCCACAAGGAUCGCUUGGCACUCAUCGAGAGCAGCAGCGAAUCACCUUCAUACGACUCUGACUAUCGACGGGAGAGCCGUUAUGACACAGUUCAGCGCCGCGAGCCUGUUCGCGAAGAGCGUCGCUUUGAUACACAUCUUCAUCACUCCUCUCAACAACCUUUCAUGCAUCACGAUCGAUUGGCUCUCAUCACCGGUCUGAAUCCGGACCCGGUAUAUGAGCCGUAUCACGACUUGGUGUAGUGCGCGUCGCAGUCUUCGGGUUUGGAGCAAAUUUCCGAUGGGCGAGGCAUAUUCUGUACCUGACACACGGCCAUAGAGCCGCAGCACCAGAAGCCUCGCAAAGUAGCGAACAGCCACAAAAAAGACAGCAGACAGCAAGCAGGAAAUUUGCAUGGGCGAUUCGAGCGGGCACUGCGCUGCAAGAGCUGAAGUGCUCAGGCGUCGGAGCAUAUAUAGACUCUGAUACCCCAGGCAGGAUCGAAUAAGGCAUAGAAGAAAUGAGAAAAUCAUCUUGGUGCGACUGCUGUUUCAU